AUGACCAAACGCGCCCGCUCCUCCACCCCUGCUCCCGUCGUCGAGCGCCGGGCUUCGCCCACCAAGAAGCAGAAGCCUGAUGCCCACUUUGUGCACAAUAAGAUCGCGUUGGCCGAGGCGGCCGCCAAUGCGGAGAAGGACCCGCCGCUGAACAAGUUGUUAGAGGCCGUGGCGCGCACCACCAAGUCGCCCAGGAAAGGGCGCUCCGUUGUCUGGUGGAUGAAGAUGGAGGACAUACGUGUGUACGAUAAUCGCGCGCUGGCCGCGGCGUCAGCACAAGCCCAGAAAGAUAACGUACCGCUCGUAGUCCUCUUCACCAUCAGCCCGCAGGACUAUGUUGCGCACGACCGAAGCCCUCGACGUAUCGACUUCAUGCUACGCAACUUGCGUGACGUCAAGGAGAAGCUAUCCGCUCUAAACAUUCCACUGGAGGUCAUCACACAUACUCCUCGCCGGACCAUGCCAGAACGCAUCCUGUCCUUCGUUCACCAAGUCGAUGCUACAAGGCUGUUCGCCAAUAUCGAAUAUGCGGUAGAUGAGCUCCGGCGAGACAUACGAGUCUGCGAGCUGGCGCACGAAAACAAUGUUGGAGUGCAAUUUGUGCAUGAUAAAUUGAUCAUCGAGCCCGGAAAGUUGUUCACAAAGCAAGGCAAGCCGUAUACGGUCUAUUCGCCGUUCCAGAAGCAGUGGAUUCAAGUAUUGAACAGCGACAUCAACAAGCACUUGGGCGAAGCCCCUUAUCCUCAGGCGAACGCAGACACGAUCCAAUCCGAUGCAGUGUUUGCGGACCUUUUCAAAGCCGAAAUUCCUGAUCACGUCGACGGCUUUGAGUGUGAUGACUCAGACGCAAUGAGGGAGUCAUGGCCUGCCGGGUCGGACGCUGCUAGAGAGAUGCUGCGGCUCUUCAUGCACACAAAGUCUCAGGGCUCGCAUUUAGGGCAGUCUGACCCCUUGGCCAAGGCGGAGGAGUCCAGCAAGCAUAGUCGAGCGUUGGCUUACAAGGAGAAUCGUGAUAGAUGCGAUCGCAACACAACUAGUCGCUUGAGUCCGUACCUUGCGUCGGGUGUCAUUUCGGUCCGCGAUUGCGUUCGAGCGACGCUCGAGCUUACGAACGUCAAGAAGGUCCAGGCGGAUAGUACUACCGGCGUAGGAGUGUGGGUCAAGGAAGUCGCCUGGCACGAUUUCUACACGCAUAUUCUUGCGACCUUCCCCCGCGUCUCCAUGGGCAGAAACUUCAUUGAGAAGUACGAUAAUAUUCAAUGGGAGACUAACCAAGAACACGUCGAUGCAUGGAAGGCAGGCAGGACUGGUGUACCGAUUGUCGAUGCGGCUAUGCGCCAAGCCAAUUUGAUGGGUUGGAUGCACAACCGUGGGCGCAUGAUUGCGGCUAUGUUUCUUGUCAAGGAUCUCAUGAUUGACUGGCGUAUCGGCGAGCGGUAUUACAUGCAACAGUUCAUCGACGGUGAUCUCGCUGCUAACAACGGCGGCUGGCAGUGGUGCGCCAGUACCGGCUGCGAUCCUCAGCCAUACUUCAGAAUUAUGAACCCUUAUAUCCAGAGUGAGAAGGCCGAUCCUACGGGUGAAUACAUCCGGACGUUUGUGCCAGAGCUUUCGAAGGUCUUCGGAAAGGACUUGCACAAACCUCCAGCGGCACUCGCGGAUAAACUCGGGUAUCCUCGGCCCAUUGUUGACCACUAUGAGGCCCGCGACCGUGCCAUUCACCGUUACAAGAACAUCGGCGAGAAGUGA